UUGCUUCCCUUUCGAAACCAGCAAAAUCAACUCGCACAAGAUUGAAGAUUGCUUCCCAAUCAUCUUCUAUAUGAGCGAAUCUUAUCUCGAAUUAAUUCUUGUCUCGGCAGUAGUUGUAGGACCAUCUACCAAAGCCUGAAUUGUCAUUACAGAAUUCCGUGCAAGCUUUGCCAAUUUCAGGCCGUCAUUAGAUGCUCAGCAGGUUCCUCUGUCAAGUGUCAACCACCACAAGCAAAGAUCAAGUUCUCAAUCCAUAACCUCAAACCUACCCUCCAUGGCCCAUAUGAGUGCCAAUGAAUGCAAAUCUAGCUGUUGGAGUAAAUUGGUCUUGACCCAACAAUGGUGUUACCAUCAAAUACGGAGAUUCGAUUCGAUAUUCAAAUCGGAGGAAUGAAGCCAAGAACUAAAACGGGACGGUUUUUGAGAUGUCAAAAGCAUAAGUAGGUAUACGUUCUAACCAGCAUUAAACGUCAAAGGCAGAUUACCGCAGAUUACCGAUCUAUCUACAGCAAAUUGCCAAAUCAGCAGCACAAUGGAUGCAAAGCCACUCGUGCCAUGUGGAACAUUGUCGUUUAGCCACCGCAACAUAAAUUCGAAUGCAUGCCUAGCUGUUAAUAAACCUGCAAUAAUCUAAAGACGAAUGGAAACCGAGUAUGAAGAAACUCCAGCUGAAGAGUAGCUGGAACUGAUGGAAACAACUGAGGAGUAAAUGGCCACCAUGAACAAGAGGAAGAGAACAAAAAACACAAUGACACGAGGCAUUCCAGACACACUUGCCCACUCACCUCAAGCUUAAUGCAUUGUUCGUUAACUACGAUAGGAGGCAGGACGGCCUUUUAAAUGACAAGUACUCACAGUCAUUGUUAGCUCCAGAACAAGGAUAUUGCAUUCAUUUCACACGUACAGAGGACAGAACCAACCACAACUGCAAAGAACUACCUUCAUCGAAACUGUCAGCAGCCAGCAACCAAGCAUUUGAAAACCCAGCAAUUCUCUGAUGUUUUACACUUAUAGCCUAUAGAACCAAGACAACAAGAACGCUCUCGCCGUAAAUCUGCAGUCAUUGUUCGGAUCAAUGGUGUUUCCCAUCUGAAAUUCCAUAUCACUCUGUACACUUUGUAGCAAGCAAAACGAUUUUUUUCAUAAGAUGUCGUCUCUUCCACCGUCGCCAUCAGCAGACCAUUCUAUCGUCAAGGCUGUUAUCGGUACGGCGGUUGGAGCUCUAGUCAUAGCUGCUAUCUUCUUCUGGGUGUUCUGGAAAUUCAUCACUGCUCGACGUGUCAAGAGAAGCACAACCAACACAAGCUUCCGGCAUGAAGAUGUGGAGACCGACAAAAUGUUUGGGAAGCUAGGGAAGAAUGUGAAAGGAUUGAUUGUUGAUGAGGGUGGUGUGGAUGUACUUUACCUGAGGAAACUUGAAGAAGGCCGACAUAUGAGCUGCUUCUCGAAGACGGUCGUUAAUCCUAGUUAUGAAGACGAGGAAGAGGAGAAAAGAGUGUGUUGUCGGACGGAGAGUUUAGAACAGUCUGCAUCAAAAUGGAAGAAUGUGCAUCCAAUCUACGAAAACUGUGAAUCGUCGUAUGAAAGUACUUUCAAGAAACCAAGGAAACUGACUCUAAAAGAUCCAGCUCCAAAGCCGCAUGUUUUGUCCCCUCAGCCUGCUAUUCCAACUCCAGGACCGUCUCCGGCCUCAGUCCCCUGUAUGCCGAUGCAGCAAAUGACAGCAUCACCUCCUCCACCCCCAUCCCUUCUCCCUCCACCAUCACCACCACCGCCUCCACCUCCAAUAUCACAGCCACUGAAACCCCUAGUCUCACCGAAAAGAAAAGUUCCUUCAAUGCCGGCACCGCCACCGCCUCCCCAGAAAGCAGCACCGGGCGUUGUGUUCUCAUCAACAAAACCUCCACCGGUGCCUAGAGGGAAAGGAGCAGAUGAAAGCAAGACAUGUGAUCCAAGAGAAGAAAGCUCAAGAGGGGCAGAUCAUGGCCCGACGAAGCUCAAGCCAUUGCAUUGGGACAAAGUCAUCUCCAAUGCCGAUCACUCAGUGGUGUGGGAUCAGAUUAAUGAUGGAUCAUUGCGAUUCGAUGAUGAGCUGAUCGAAACACUAUUUGGAUACACUGCAAUGAAUCCUAGUUCCGCCAAAAAUACAAGGAACAACAUCCAAUCGUCUUCAGUCAGGCCCAACUCUGCUUCAUCAUCCCGAAUUUUCAUUUUUGAACCCCGGAAGUCGCAAAACAAUGCGAUUGUCCUGAAAUCACUUGCAGUAUCCCGUCAAGAAAUUGUCUAUGCCCUCCUUGAGGGCCAUGGACUCAACAGCGACGUGCUUGAGAAAGUCACCAAAAUAACUCCCACCAAAGAAGAAGAAUCCAAGAUCCUCCAAUUCAGUGGCGACCCAACCAAACUUGCAGAUGCAGAAUGCUUUCUCUACCACAUCCUGAGAGCCGUUCCUUCGGCCUUCACCCGAUUUAAUGCAAUGCUUUUUCGGGCGAACUAUGAUUCAGACGUCCUUUACCUGAAGGAAUCCUUGCAAGUGCUUGAACUGGGGUGCAAGGAGCUGAGAAGUCGGGGCCUCUUGCUCAAACUUCUCGAAGCUGUUCUCAAGGCAGGAAACCGCAUGAAUGCUGGAACUGCCAGAGGCAAUGCACAAGGUUUCAACCUAAAUGCCCUUGGAAAGCUUUCCGACAUCAAAAGCACUGAUGGAAAGACAACUCUACUGCACUUCGUAGUCGAACAGGUUGCCUGUUCUGAGGGAAAACGUUGCUUGAUCAACAAGAACCAUAACAUCUGCAAAACUAGCAGUCAAGGAAGCAGACAAUUUGGUGCGGGCUCAGAUGACAAUAUGGCCGAUCAGAAAGAGUGUUUAAUGCUAGGAUUGGGAGAGCUAGGAAAUCUAAACGCAGAACUUGCCAACGUCAAAAGAGCAGCUACCAUUGAAUAUGAAAGUUUGUUCAAUAUGUGUUCCUCUCUCUCAAGCCGCGUUGCCGAAAUCAGGAAUCUUGUGGCAACAUCUGAUAAUGGUGAACGAGGAGGCUACCUGAAGGAAAUGAAAGAAUUUUUAGAAGAGUGUGAUCAGGAGCUCAAGGUGGUCAGAGAGGAGCAAGCAAGGGUCCUGGAGCUUCUGCAGCGAACCACAGACUAUUAUCAAGUGGGAGCUUAUAAAGACAAGGCGACACAACCGCUUCAAUUGUUUCUUCUAGUGAAAGAUUUCCUUGAGAUGGUCGAUCGAGUUAAAAUGGACAUCACUCAGAAAAUACAGAAGAAGAACGUGGCCAGAAAUGAAGGUCCAUCCCCACCACCAUCUCCGCCUCCGAGAAGUCCAUCGACGUUCCGGAACUUAUCCUUCCACUUCGCGACAUUCAACCCAAUGCAAACAUCCUCAAGUGAAUCAGACGAUGACUUUUGAUCCUGCUACAGCUUCAGGUAAUAAAUAUGGGACAUAAGAAAGUUGUAGAGACAGUUGGAAAUGCCAGACCCUAUUGGGAAGAAAUGAGAUUAAAACUUCUAUUCAGCAGUAGUAAGUUAGCUCUCUCCUCAGAAUGAUCUUGCUGACUUGUGGAAAUAAAACUGAACAGUCACAAUGAUUUCAA